AGGACUUCCAUUUCGGUUGGCAGUGAGCUGGUUAGUACCGGCCGGUUUCCGUACCAUUCGAGUUCUGGACGCCGUCGAAUGUGGUCGCGUUGCCGUGGUCCGUCCCCGAGUGUCGUCUAAAUUAAUCGAGUAUAUUUCUCGGUAGAGGCCCGCAGUAGCUCCACCAUAAAAUAAAUUAAUUUAAAUUGUUCGCGAACCGCGCUGAUGCAGCAGUGGAGAAUGAGAGCAAAAGUGGUGAUCUUCCGCGUCGUGUGAAAAAAACAAGACGUUAACAUAACGUAAACAACUUCGCUAAACAAAGUUUCUCCAUUUGUAGAACAAUGCGAGUGAAGUGAUAUCUACUAAAGUGCGCCGUGUUACCUAAUGGCAUAACAGAGUGAUAAAUCGGUGAAGAAGAAACGCAUAAUUGGGUUCAGAACUGCUCGGAACUUAAUUGAAUUGAGUCGUUGGAGGAAUUACAGGCUGAUUGAGGCAGUGAUAGAGCUUUCGAACUUAAUUGGGCAGUGAUUAAGUGCGUUGACUACCAACGUGCUGGACUACCCCACUCGGGAAGAUAUUGACGGGAGAAGGCGCACGAGACACACAGAUAUCGUUUCACUCAAGGUUGUCGCAAAAGGAACCGAAGAGGGUCUCAAGUUCAACCACCGUACCAUGGUACUCUUCCCCGUCAGCAUCUCGCUGACAGCGGUCCUUCUGUUGCACAGUAUCCCUGCUUCGAAAAGUGAACCCAACAAUGGCCAACGACCACCACACAUCGUCAUCAUCAUGGCCGACGACAUGGGCUGGAACGACGUGGGCUUUCACGGCUCGAAUCAAAUUCCAACGCCCAACAUCGACGCUCUCGCCUACGAUGGCAUCAUACUCAAUCGACACUACACGGCACCGAUGUGUACCCCCUCGAGGGCAUCCUUGAUGACCGGGAAGAACCCGAUCAGUAUCGGGAUGCAGCAUUACGUCACAGUUUCCGACGAACCGUGGGGCCUGGGACUGGAUCAGAAGAUCAUGCCGGAGUACUUUAAGGAAGCCGGCUAUCGGACGCAUUUGGUGGGAAAGUGGCAUCUGGGAUUCUCGGCCAAACAGUACACGCCCACUAUGAGGGGGUUCGAUACCCACGUGGGUUAUUUUGGACCCUAUGUCGAUUACUGGGACUACACGUUGAAGAUGGGACCGCCCAAGGACUACGUGGGUUACGAUUUGCGUAAUAAUUUGGAGGUGAAUCGGAACUCGAAUGGAACUUACGCGACGGAUUUUUUCACACAAAUGGCUUCGUCGAUCAUUGAGAACCAUGAUGUAAAGGAUCCGUUGUUUCUCAUGAUGAGUCAUUUGGCACCGCACGCGGCGAACGACAAUGAACCACUACAGGCACCGGAGGAAACCAUCAGGAAGUUUGACUAUAUUUCCGAUGAGAACAGAAGGAUCUACGCUGCCAUGGUGUCAAAGUUGGACGACAGCGUUGGACAAAUUUUCAACAGUUUGCGAUCCAAAAACAUGUUGGAUAACUCGAUCAUCUUGUUCAUGUCGGAUAAUGGAGCACCAAGCGUAGGCCUACAUGCGAAUAGUGGAUCAAACUAUCCGCUGAGAGGAAUCAAAAACGUUCCAUGGGAAGCGGCUACGCGCAACAUAGCUGCCAUCUGGAGUCCCCUACUUCAGGAACGGCAACGUGUCUCGAAUCAGUUUAUUCACAUAUCCGAUUGGCUGCCGACGCUGGCAUCGGCCGCAGGAAUCGAUAUCCCCUUCUCCAAGGAUCACUCGGAAAUCGACGGCCUGGAUCAGUGGGAAGCCCUAUCAUACGAUACCGGCAAUCCCCGCCGGGUAGUCUUGAACAUGAUCGACGAAAUCUACGGAUACAGCAGCUACAUGGAGAAUGGGUUCAAAAUUGUCAAUGGAACUUUCUCCAAUGGUGAAUACGAUGGAUGGUACGGACAGCUGAAUGCCAGCGAUCAAACUCCCAGCGACGAUGAUAACAUCAAUUUGGUACUGCAAACCGAAAUCAUCCGAUGGGCAGAGGAGGAGUCCAUAUCCAAGGAUACUAUCAAAUACCUCCGAAAGCACGCCCGGGUCAACUGCACUCGUGCACCGGAUGCAAAGAAGUGCAAUCCGCUCAUCCGACCUUGUCUGUUUGACAUCAUCAACGACCCUUGCGAGUUGAAUGAUCUCUCGCAAAAAUUUGUCCACAAAUGUCGGGAGCUCCGUUCGACGGUACAAGCCUACCGCCGGUUAGCAGUAAAGCCCCGGAAUAAACCUGCCGAUCCUACAGCAAACCCGGCCAACCACGGUGGCAUCUGGACCUGGUGGAUGCCGGACCUCUCCAAGGAACAACUCGCGCAGCAAGCUGUCGAUGAGGCUGAACAUCGCCAGGCAUACCUUCCGAUUCCUCCACCGCACUCGAGUCUACCGGAGGACAUUCGAUUGCCCGUAAUUAUAACCAUUACCGUAGUUGGGGUCCUAUUUGUUUCCGGGGCCCUUCUCUAUAUGUCCAAUAAAGAUGUAAUGCGACUCUGUUCAAGGUCCACGGGUACGACGGUGAACUCAACGGUACAGGUUACCAAUUUGACUCAAUCGGAGAGUGCCAGCAGCGACGAUAAGCUAUCGGAAGUGUUUGCAAACUCCCCGCUGCAGUCGCCCUCAAUCCGACCCGAUCCUAAGGUAUACCAUAUCAGUAAUAGUAGGUUGGAUAGGUAUUGAAUUGUUCGGUUGCACCGUUCGGUACUAACCUUAUUACUACGAGGCAAGGUUUCAGUAGUAGAAGUUGGAAAAUUUACAGGUUGGGACGGUAGUUUAGUCUAAAAGAUUCCACAUGGUUUAAGGCAGUGGAAGCACAACUAACUUGUGGGCAAUAUUUGUACAUAAUUCUUACGGUUUCACUCAGCUGUAGCUAGAUUUGUAAGGUGCUUUAUUUAUCAUCGACCAAUUUCAUUCUUUGCAGGACCAAACGAAUAGUUUCAGAAGGAAAAGAUCUCGCUGUGAAUAUACAAGUGUACUUAAAAGAGGAACAUUUUUU